CCAGGGUGAGCGCGGGUUCAAGCCGCUCGCGGCAGUCGUGUGCGUGACUCGGCCGACGUGACUCCCACGGAGGUCGGCAAACUAUUUGCAAGAUAAAUGACAGUUGAUGUCCGACAACCACGACGACAGCCUCAAGCGUGACAUGAAAAUUAAGUGCGCGUGCGGAUUGCAAGAUUUUUUGCAGCUUUUCCCAACAUGAUUGUUGGUGGCCUUUGCCGUCUGACCUCAUGAAUGAAUCAGGAUUGUACUGCGAUUGUGAGAACCUUCGAUCUCGACAACGGAUUCCGUGCGUGAAAUCAGUUUUGUGUGUUGCUAUCGAGGAGUGACUUAACUGAGUGAAAAAAUGAAGUGAAAUAAGAUGAUUGUCUGUCGAAUAACAUCAGCAUGACUCGCAUUCCUCAAUUGGAAUAAUACCAGACGAAGUGCGUGCGCACAGCAUUUCAUUAUCACUAAAUCAAGAUUGUUUUUUUCACGAACCUUGAGACAGACCAUCGAGAAACCGUCACACAUCUUGUGUAAGAAGGGCGGUGAUCGAACUGUCAUAUUUGGUAGAGGAGGUGGGGUCACUGGAGAUCGUUCCAUCAAACGUGGAUGUGGAUAUGUUGGUCUACCUGCAGGCGCGCGACACGUGAACACCUGUCAUCGCAUCUCUGCCACCAGCACCUGUAGCAAGAUGGACAGCAGUCAGCAGCUAGUGGCGUGGAUUAUGUGGAUUAUGGUUGCAGGAGCCAUAGCAACGCCAAAGGACGUCGCCCCGCACCACGUGUACCGCGAGGACUGGAAGGAACGCAGCUGCAGCGCCAUCUUGCGGCGCGUGACGCAGCGACACGUAGAAGUGGAGAUGCCGCCGCAGCUGGAUGGUCUGUGGACGUCUCACAGGUGCGAAAUCCGAUCUGGACCGCAAUUCGUUCUCCGUACUCACAAAUUCCAAAGGUCAAAGUUCGAGUCGCAUGUCUACCACUACUCAGACGCCGACUGCAGCAAGCCUCUGUACGCCUUUGUUGCGCACGGCACGCUCCAAAUGAUGCAAGAAUCCUGGGUCAUUCCAGGGACCAUGGAAGGGCGCUAUCAGCUCGACAUGGUGCUCGUGGUUGCCUACUCUACACAAGCCGCAGACUCUCUCAUGCGACAGCUGAAGUCGACCUGCGGGCGCCACUUCGCCAACGUGACCUUCGAACCUUUCCGGAAGUACGUCAUCUUGAACGACCCGCCAUCGGACGAACGCGACGGCAGCGAGAAGAAGACAGGAGUCGACUCUGACCUGCAGCAAGAAUUCGACUGCAGUCUGCCGCUGAACUUCUCCUUGAACGAGCUGCAGCUGCUGAGAGUGGAGUCACGUGUGCAUCACUCCAGUCCACCGAUUGGUCACAGCCGGGAGAAGGACGUGCACGCGCAUGCGCAAACGAAGGGGGCGCGAGUGGUGCGGGAGUUGUUGCUGGGGGACGUGCACACGGAGCUGACGGAGAGACAGUGGCACCGGCCCACCAGCUUCCAAGAACCGUUGACAUACGCGGAGACCUCGGCGUGCGGCGUGUGCUCCAGGCUGCGCGACUCCGACCCACUAGCGCCACCACGACUGACCCUGCACCAGGGGACGCUACUCUCGCUGCAGGGGGAGUGGGUCAGCACGAGGUGCGAGUCCAGACAGUACGGACAGUUCUUGACCAGGUGGCUGCAUUUCCUUGGCGACGGACUGUCGUGGGAGGGUCGCUACGAGUACUACCACGACGCACUUUGCCGUCAGCCCACCUUUACCCUGAGGGCCAAAGGUAGCUACAUCGGGGUCAAGAGUCGGAGGUCAUCACGGGAUCCAAAACCUACAGCUUCAAGACGACACGGUCCAGAGUGCGGUCAGGCCGGCCAGUGGGCAACAGACCAGGAGCAAGACGUCACCGGCACGUCCGGGUGCGUCACCCUGGGUAUCCGUUUGCCGAGUUUGGAGCAGGACCUCAUGCGCAUGGAGGCCGUGCACAGAAAACUCUUUCUCUACGUCGGACAACGGACGUCUGACCAGCCAAUCCGAGCCUACCACGUGACCCCUCCCUUCGCCUUCCAAGCGCCGCUGGUCAAGUGCGACGCGGAGAACCUGGACAUGAGCAUCAACUCACUUCCGGACGAGCACGCGCACGCUCUGGCCAUGACGUCACUCGACAAGUUCGAGGGAGAUUCUCAGGAACAUUUAACGGCGGGAGUGUCAGAAGGAAGAUGUUUCCAUGCCAUGGUUAUCCUUGUCGUCAGUCUCUUAUCGUUGAUGAAGAUCCGUUAUUGCUGAUGACACUUCAGUAACCAGGUGGAGGACAUUGACUCGCUCUGGAUGACGGGUAGAAGACAGUCGGCCUUCUGCUGGUGUCCGUUGCAAGUUUCACUUCACUGUUGUUCACAUUAUUCAGAUGCUCACAGGAGCUUAGUUCCUGAGCGACCUGAACGAACCAAACACCUGCAUCCACCAUGUUGACUCACAGAAAGUCACGUGCGUGUUUGACAGACAUUUACCUGCACACUUACCUGUUCUGACUCCUGGCCUUGGUUUGUGACAUAAAUGGUGAGGUAUUCUGGUUUUUGUGAAUAAAAAUGUAUGCGUUUCCCAGAUCCCAGAAUAUAAUGCGGCAAAAGAAGAGGCAAAAGGUGUUCACUGGCUCCUCAAAGUCCAGAAAUAUUCAUCCUCGACUGUUCGUGGAAGAGGACCGACACAUCUUCAAGACACAGAUCAUGUUUGUAAACUUACAUUUUCAUCCACACCGCAUUUUGUUUUUGUGGCGAUUGUCUGACUGCUGCAGUGGUAGAUCGGAUGGUUUCAAUGGUGAACUUAUACUUUUUAUAAUUUUCUGUACUAAUUAUCCUCAGGUAUUUUCUUAUCGUCAUUGCGUUUGACUUUUUAAUCCAUACACAGCGGGUUUUCAUCUUGUCAUCUAACAACCUUCGUUGGUGUCACAUUUUAAUGGGAGCAGCUUUAAUUUUUCAGAAUUAUUUUGUCCAUGAAAAUGAAUUAUUUCUUCAGUGUGAGAAAAUGUGAGAGCGUGAUAAGUAUAUUGAUGACAGUCUGUUAUCUCGGUUGACAAGGUUUGAGAGUUGAGUUCCUUCACCUGACAGCCUGAGGCUGACUUCUCGGUGUUGGUGUCCAUGUUGUGUAUGGUUCUCACUGAUGUGUUUGUGUGUUUAAGUUCUUUUCUUGUCUCUCUGUUCUCUACCUGCAAACGGAUUUUUUUUUUUUGUUUAAGUUGAAAUGAAAUUUAUUGUAGCUACCUUUCUAGUGGAUACCAUGACGUAGGGCAUUACUUUGCCUGUGGCCUGAUAUACUAUGUAUCAAUGAACUUUUACAAGUUUUACACGGUGAAAACACUCCCGCAGAAAUGAACAAUAACAAUUAUUAAAAUAAUUGUGUCAAAACUUUAGUCUUUACUAUAUCAUCUUCAUGUUCCUCCGAAUCUACGAGCUAUGGCCGCUUGAGUGCGCAUGACAAAUAUGUCUUGAAGCUGGACACUGGUGUCUGUGGUGUGUGGACAUCAACCACAGCUAGUGAGGUCAGCAAACGACAUCAAGCAGCGACCUCACCCACAGCUAACGAUGCCAAACACUCAUCACCAGCUCACAAAAGAAAAUAUUACUGGCUUCGUUUUGCAGGAAGUGUGAUCAGUCACCACACCUGUCGCUGGCUUGAGAUGCUUGUUCUACCUCUGCGUUCGUCAGAUACUAUUGUAUUGACAUUUUUCAACCGUUUGUAAUAAAACAGUCAAAACUC